AUGUUUCGAAAACACCAUAAAAAGUAAGUAUUGUUUUUGGAAUUUGUUGUUUGCUUGUUCAUGUUGUGUGUAUGUGUGUGCUCAGUGUCUGUGCUUUGAUAUAUAUAUAUAUAUAUAUGUAAUCUGUUAUGAUUUGCAUCAUUUAUACCUUUACAUUGUGUGCUGGGCUAGUUAUAUAACUGUUACUCUUUGUGAUUUUUAGGCACACAUUAUUCAAAGAUGAUGAAAAAUCUUGGUAUGAAGAUGAAGACAAUGACAAUGAAUGGAGUGUUCAGCGGGGUUUCACCAACCUGAGUGACUCAGGUGAAGAAGGUAUGUAAACAGCUUAAAAGCGUCAUGAUCCAGCUAUCAAAUGAUGACUUUAGCCUAUAAAAGUCAAUUACUCUAAAAUUACUGAAAACUAUAUAUAUAUAAACCUUAUGCUGUUUUUACUAAAACCUAUUUCAGGGAUAGACUCAUAUCUCCUUCUGUCUGUAUCACUGUAUCAUUCUGCAGGAGUAGAGACUGACUCAUAGCUCCUUCUGUUGGUGUCACCAUACUAGCAGAGGGAUGGAUUGCUCUUUUAUUGUGCCCCUGUGCAGGCAUGGGAAGGACUUUUAGUAACCGUGUCUAACUAAUUGUUCUUCUUUGUGCAGAUUCUAAGCAAGGUUCGUUCUCUGGCAAAGAGAGUUUCCGACCAGCCCUUGAGAAUGUAGAUACAAACAUUCAG